CAAAUUAGUUUGGUUUGACUUGUUUUGUUUUGCAGUUUUCUUUUCUCUGGCGUUUAAUCUAAUAAUGAUAUUGACUAAUAGUACAUACGAUAAUAAAAUUGACUAAUGGUACGAUAAAAUUUUCCAAAAAUAACAUUCUGUAGCGUUUAUGACACCAAAUAGUAAACCAUAAUGACUGAGCUCCAAGGCGACGAUUGGGAACUAGCCUGCUCCGAUGACGAAUUAUCAAAGACCGGAGUUUUCAUUGGAAAGAACUGGAUGCCUGACCCUGCUGAGUUGGAGGAGCUUUACAACAGUAUCGGCAAAAGUGGGUCCUUGAAUCUCGAGUGGAAAUGUCCCGGCAGGCGAGCGCCUACACCCGUGCCUGUGAGCAAUGCUAAUCAGCCCGAAAUGCCUGCGUCUCCUGCCAGAGAGGAAAAAUCAGACUUUGAUUUCAUGGAUGAAGUGAAUUCAUUGAGUUUGAGAGUCCGUAGAGAUGGUGAGGACACAUUAAGAGGCUCAGCAAAGAAGAAAACUACUUCGUUUGAUGGUAUUUUGUCUAAUAUGAUCAGACACAAACGGAUAGAGCAGAUGGAGAAACAAGGGAACACUCCAGGAACACCAUCUUCAAAUGCCAGUUGAUUUAUUUUAAUGCAAAGUUAACAUGAGCAGAGUUAAAUUGUAAUAAAUGUGAAUUUAUUGAAGCAUGUAGACUGACACUAUUGUUCUAGUGAAAAGUGAUAAGCUAA